AUGGGAAUUCAGCUGGUUCCUCUCUCUCUCUCUCUCUAUCUCUCUCUCUCUCUAAGCCCAUAAAUGCAUAGAUACAAGUUUUCCUUUAGAUCAGUUUGUUUAUUAUCGUUGCUAUGUUAGCAUUCUGUGACUUCGAAGUGGACUGUGAAUCUGAGAAGAAAGCUUCAAUUGUCUAUAAUGCUUUAGUCGUCGAUAAAGAGUUGCAGCCAGACAAGGUGAAAAGGGAGAUGACAGUUUCUGAUGGAAAACUUUCAGUACACUUCGAGGCAGUGGAAGCAAGAUUUCUGCGUGCAUCAUAUAGUGCUUUUCUGGAUGUGCUUACUCUUGCCAUAAAAACAAUCGAAGAUUUCGGACAAGGAUUGGAUUUCUGAUUGCCUUCGCUCAUCUUUUACAUCUCAUGUUUGCUUAGUUUACAUCUGAUCUCCAAUUUUGUUACAAUAUGAUUUGUAGUGGUUUGAUCCAUGGUGAAGAACCACAUCCUACAUCCAUCAUUCGAACAUUGAGAUCCAACAAUAUAACAUUUUCAAUACCAUAUUACUCAUUACAUAA